AUUGUAAUUCACUGAUUUGAUUUUUCUUACUUAGGUAUUUUACAGACAGGAGUUGAUUGGAAAUAAAAUAAAGGAAGUUACCAUGAGUUUUAAUUGUAAAGACCAUAGCAUGAAAGCAAGAUCUAACUGUAAGUAAUUGCAUAAUUUCGAUACAGGUGUCAUGUUGGACUAACAUAAAAAGGUCGCUUUCUCACUCUGGGAAUAAUAAGUGUCUAAAAUAUUGUUCUUUUCUUGAAUUAUGCAGAAGUUGAUUUGUAUUGGACUUCUUCACUCAGACUGGAAUUCUAAACCACUUAGGCAACCUUUGAUAAAAUGGGCCACUAAAUGUCAACAUCAUCUUCUAAAUGGUUAUAUAUUUGUGAGUUGUUUGAGUCACUUCUUCUCUGUUCCAAGGUCUAUCAUUUAUGUGUCCUUGUAGACCUUCAAAUGAUACUUGCACUCGGACCCCUCAAAUUCUCAGCAGAUUGGGAAUACGAAAAUUUCGGAUUCCAUAAUAAUCUUUUGCCUUUGUAUCUUUGUCUGUGUGUAGUUUGUUCGUGGUUAAAAGCAUCUGCUCUCACUGAUGGUAUGACAGCAUUGCAAUCUCUUAAAGAUGGUGAGACGCUGAUUUCAAAUGGAGGAAAUUUCGAGCUGGGGUUUUUCAGUCCAGGUCGUUCCAAGGGCAGGUACUUGGGUAUUUGGUACAAGAAUAUUCCUGUUAGAACUGUUGUUUGGGUUGCAAAUAGGCGAAACCCCAUCAAAGAUUCAUCUGGCUUAUUGGUGGUGAAUAACACAGGCAGUCUUGUGCUUUCUAAUGGAUCUAGCAGUGUGGUCUGGUCAACAAGUUCAGCGAGGAUGGCUCAGGAUCCAUUGUUGCAACUUCUUGAUCUUGGAAAUCUUGUCAUAAGAGAUAUUAGAGAUAAUAAUGCAGAUAAUUACCUGUGGCAGAGUUUUGAUUAUCCAUCUGAUACAUUGCUUCCAGGUAUGAAGUUAGGAUGGGACUUGAGAACUCGUCUUAAUAGGCGUAUAACUUCGUGGAGGAGUUCUGAUGAUCCGGCUCCUGGAGAAUUAAGCAGCGGUGUAGAACUUGAUGCGUAUCCACAGUUAAUGAUGUAUAGAGGCACCCAAAAGUUUUUCCGAGGGGGUCCAUGGAAUGGUCUGAGAUUUAGUGGUGCUCCUGAAUUGAAGAAGAAUCCUGUUUUCGAGUUCAAUUUUGUAUCUAACAAGGAGGAGGUUUACUAUGUGUACCAACUCCUGAAUAAGUCGGUGAUCACAAGGCUUGUUUUGAAUGAGACCGCCAUGACUCGUCAGCGGUAUGUAUGGGUUGAAACAGACAUGUCUUGGAAGCUAUAUUCUUCAGUACCACGUGACUAUUGUGACACUUACGGUUUAUGUGGUGCUAACGGAAUGUGUGUCAUCAGUGACUCACCUGUUUGCCAAUGUUUAGAAGGUUUCAAGCCAAAGUUUGGCAGGAACUGGAAUUUUAUGGACUGGUCACAAGGAUGCAUCCCAGAGGAGCCUUUAGACUGCUCUAGAAAACAUGAUUUCAUCAGAAUUUCAGGCAUGAAACUUCCAGAUACUACACAUACUUGGGUAAAUGGGAGCAUGAAUCUGAGGAAAUGCAAGGAGGCAUGCUUGAAGAAUUGUUCUUGUAUGGCUUACUCAAACUCAGAUAUUAGUGGACGAGGGAAUGGAUGUGUCCUUUGGUUUGGAGAUCUAAUUGAUAUUAGACAGUUUUUCGAUGGUGGGCAGGAUCUCUAUAUACGGGUGCCAUCUUCAAAGCAAGCAAACAGGUCGUGGGUGGUAAUAGCUGUGGUUGUGGUUCCUAUUGCUUCAAUAUGUGUAUUGCUUCUUCUCAUCUGCUUUCUCUUAAGACGAAGGAUGAAAGGAAACGAUAAAAAUGAAGAACAAGGUGGUCCCAGUGCUGUUGCCGAAAGAGAAGAUCUGGGACUACCCUUACUUGACUUGGCUACAGUAGCACAGGCCACUGGAGAUUUCUCAGUGGACAAUCAGCUUGGUGAAGGUGGUUUUGGACCAGUUUACAAGGGUGUACUGAUGGAUGGGCAAAAUAUUGCUGUAAAAAGGCUUUCGAAGGGUUCGGGACAAGGGCUAAAUGAGUUCAAAAAUGAAGUGAAACUGAUUGCUAAACUUCAGCACAGAAAUCUCGUGAGGCUUCUAGCUUGCUGCAUUGAAGAGGAUGAGAAAAUAUUGAUUUAUGAAUACAUGUGCAACGGAAGUUUGGACUCAGUUAUCUUUGAUCAAUCAAGAGGGUCACUAUUGGAUUGGUCCCAGCGUUUCAGCAUCAUAUGUGGCAUUGCUCGGGGUCUUCUUUACCUUCACCAGGAUUCAAGAUUGAGAAUCAUCCACAGAGAUCUGAAGGCUAGUAAUGUAUUACUAGAUGAUGCACUGAACCCGAAGAUUUCUGACUUCGGGAUGGCUAGACCUUUUGGCGGAGAUCAAAGCCAAGGCAACACCAGAAGAAUAGUCGGUACAUAUGGCUAUAUGGCACCCGAAUACGCCUUAUAUGGUUUAUUUUCAGUGAAAUCUGAUGUUUUUAGCUUUGGCAUUCUACUCUUGGAGAUUGUAAGUGGAAAGAAGAAUACAGGAUUCGACAAUCCGCAGAACCACUGCAAUCUUAUAGGAUAUGUAUGGCAAUUGUGGAGAGAAGGCAGGCCGCUAGAGCUGAUCGGUCCUCCGUUGGAUGAUGUGCUCGUGCAACAUGAGGUGAUGCGGUGCACCCAUGUUGGUCUCCUGUGCAUCCAGCAGAAUCCAGAUGAUAGGCCGAAUAUGUCGACUGUAGUCCUGAUGUUGAAUGGAGAGAGUGCACUACCCCAGCCCAAGGAGCCUGGUUUUCUCAUAGAUGUGAUUCAAAGUGAAGCAUGUUUGUUGUCCAUCACGAAUGCAUCACAUUCAGUCAAUGAUAUUACCAUUACUACGAUGGAGGGUCGUUGAGUUAAUUGGCAAACAACUGCAACUGCAAGCAAUUCCAAGGAACACGAUUCUGGUGGAACAAACAAACUUGUGUCGGCCUUCUAACAGACAAGCUUGUGAUUUAGUUGAGAGGAGAGAAUUCAACACUCAGGGGGAGCUUUUACUUUGAAUGAUUAAUAAGAUGUGUAAUUGAGUAUUUUUAUACAAAUUAUACUCAAUAGUAGAAUUUUUUCAAUUUAACUCUUUCAAUAGAAUGUCAAUUA